AUGGCACAGAAUUUACAAAAAAAGCCUUCCAAGGGCAUCUUGAAAACCUCGAGAAGCGUCGAUGGACAUGACGGAUCGCCGUCUACUAGUAAGAAGCCGAAAGAACAGAGGUUCGACGAAAUGAAUAUUAUAGAAACGUUUCACCCUGCUGAUAAAGAUUACGGUCAUAUGAAAGUUGAUGAGCCUAAAACACCUUACUCUGAAGCAAUAGAUGGCGAUUUAGAGCCAGCAGAUGAGUUAGACGCUAAUAUCUUGGCGGCAAAGCUUGCGGCUAGUAUGAAUAAGCCUCCUAAAUGUACAGAGCCGUGUGAGAGUGAUGAAGAUAUGGAAGAACCUGAAGAAGUGCGCCAACGGCGGCUGGAGUUUGAAAGGAAAAGGAAAAUGCACUACAACGAAUUCCAGGCUUUACAGCUGGCGCGGCAGCUGCUGGCUCAGGAGGAGGAGGAGGAGGAAGAGAACGAGGACAGAGAGGACCAGGCGGCCACCUGA